UUAAUAAGUGAACAACACUUCUAUAUUACAACAAAAGAAAGCCCUUAAUCGGAAAAAAAAAUAAAGACAAACGAAAUUUACGUACAAAUAUUAAAUUUUACUAAUAAUCAUGAUGAUGGAAACUGAAAUCGAUCAACAAGAAUACACUGAACGAUUCCCAAAACGAACAACUAAAAUAGAUGGAAAAGUACAUAUACCUUUAACUGAAAAUGGAAUUAAUUCAACAAAACCAAUAACUAUUAUUAAAAUUUUAGAUAAUGUUGUAAAAGAUUAUGGUUAUUAUCCAGCGUUAAAAUAUCAAGAUAAUGAAAAGAAUUGGCAAACAAUAAAUUAUUACGAAUAUCAUGAGAAAAUUCGAAAAAUUGCUAAAAUUUUUAUUAAAUUAGGUUUUAAAGAACGUGAUUCAAUUGGUAUAUUAGCAUUUAAUUGUCCGGAAUGGUUUUAUUCAGCAAUGGGUGCCAUUUCAGCUGGUGGUGUUAUAGCUGGAGUUUAUACAACAAAUAGUCCUGAUGCUGUACAACAUGUUUUAGAGGCAGCUGGUUCAACAAUUUGUAUUGUUGAUAAUAAAAAACAAAUGGAUAAAAUUCGUGUAAUUAAAGAAAAUUUACCAAAAUUAAAAACUAUAAUACAAAUUAAUGGACCAUUUGAUUCAUUUGUAAGUGUUGAAGAUGGUUAUUAUAAAUGGAGUGAUAUUGAACAAAUUCAAAUUGAUAAUGAUAUUGAAAUUGAAUUAGAAAAACGUUUAAAUGCAUUAGUACCGAAUGAAUGUUGUUCAUUAAUUUUUACUUCCGGUACCACUGGUAAACCAAAAGGUGUUAUGUUAUCACAUGAUAAUAUUGUAUUUAGUGUAAAAUCAGUUUUUAAAAGAUUUGAAGUUGUUGAAAUGGGUGAUGAAAUUUUUGUUUCAUAUUUACCAUUAAAUCAUAUUGCUGCACAAGUUUUAGAUUUAUUUUUACCAAUGAUAUUAGCCGGUUGUGUUUAUUUUGCUGAUCGUGAUGCAUUAAAAGGUACUCUUGUUAAAACAUUAAUUAAAGCACGUCCAACAAGAUUUUUGGGUGUACCAAGAGUAUGGGAGAAAAUACAUGAAAAAAUGAUUCAAGUUGAAGCAAAUUCAAAUGUCUUAAAUUCAUUUUUGUUAAAUAUUGCCAAAAAAUUUGUUUAUAAUUAUCAUGUUGCAAAAAUUAAUGGAUGUCAUGGUAAUAAUAUAACAUAUAAAAUUGGUCAACAAAUAACAAAUAAAGUUAAAUCUGGUCUUGGAUUCGAUAAAUGUCGUACAUUUAUAACUGGUGCUGCACCAACAAAUUUAGAAACAAAACAUUAUUUCUGUAGUAUUGAUAUUUUAUUAUAUGAAGCCUAUGGACUUUCUGAAACAGGACCAAUUGCAUUAAAUGACUCAACAAUGAGAAAUUUCGAAACAAUUGGAAAUGCUUUAGAUGGCAAUGAAAUUAAAAUUUAUAAUCCAGACGGAAAAGGAAUCGGAGAGAUCUUUGUUAAAAGUCGUUCCGUUUUUAUGGGAUAUUUAAAUGAACCGGAAAAAACUGCUGAAACUUUUGAUGACGAUUGGUAUAAAACUGGUGAUUUAGGUCGACUUGAUAAUAAUAAUGAUUUAUAUAUUGUUGGACGUGUUAAAGAACUUAUAAUAACAUCGGGUGGUGAAAAUAUUCCAUUUGUUUUUAUUGAAGAAUCAAUUAAAAAUGAAUUGCCUGGUAUUAGUAAUGCAUUUAUAAUCGGUGAUAAAAGAAAAUAUUUAACAAUUUUAUUAACAAUUAAGACUGAAAUGGAUCCGGAAACUGGUUAUCCAUUAGAUAAAUUACAAUAUGAAUCAUUACAUUGGAUGGAAACAUUAAAUUUAAAAUAUACGAAAUUAUCAGAGAUUUUAAAUGCUGGACCAUGCCCAGAAGUUUUGAAAUCAAUUCAAGAUGGUAUCGAUCGUUAUAAUAAAAGUGCAAUAUCAAAUGUACAUACAAUAAAAAAAUUCGCUUUAUUACCACAUGAUUUUUCAAUGGCAACAGAUGAAUUAGGACCCACGUUAAAAUUGAAAAGGAAUGUUGUAUAUGAGAAAUACAAGGAUAUUAUUGAAAAAUUUUAUGAAUAAAUUUUUAAAAUAUUUAUGUAAUUUCUUCUUAGAUAUAUUAUACAUAUAUUAUAUAUAACUUAUAAAAUAAUUAUGGUAUAAUAUUUUGUAUUUUUCAAUAAAAGAUGAAAAAGAAUAGCAUUAA